AUGGCCGACCUAGCGAAAGUAGACGAAGCAGCGCCCGCGCCCGAAGCCCCUCAAAAUGUCGAAGAGGAGGUCACUACCGUAUCCGUACCGCCGAAAGUCGAAAAGGCCGAAGCAUCAGACACCAUGAGCGCGAGUGGAGCGCCAGCGCAAGAUGCGACCACAGCCCACGAAGCCGCUUCAACAGAAGAUAGCUCUCUCAGUGCGACUACAAACCCUGACCCGAAAGCUGCGCUCGCUGCGCGAAUGGCCCGAUUUAAAGCGCUCCAAGCCGCCAAAGUAAACGGGCGUAAAGAAACAGAGCGCGAGGUUCGCGAUGCCGAAGACCGCAGUUCUCGCCUCGCGCAAAUCUCCAAACUCGGCGCCCUCAACGAGAAAGCCUCGUACAAACUCCUCAAAUCCGAAGACCCUGAUUUCGAGCGCAAGAGAAAUUGGGACUACACAGUUGAAGAGAGCGAGAGCUGGGACAAGAGGCUCAAGAAGAAGUCAAAAAACCGGGAGGGAGUCGCGUUCGCAGACUACAGGAACGAGGCGAACAAGGUGUACAAGAGGCAGAUUGGUCAGAUGAGCAAGGUCGAUCUGGAGGCGUAUGCCGAGGAGAAGGCAAGGAAACUGCAGUCGCAAGUAUCCUCUGGACUUCUGCAACUCGUCGAAACGGAUGCUGGCGAAAUCUACACCGUCGACAACCAAGGGCGCAUAAACACACCAGUCGACGAAGCGUACAGCCACGAUCACAGGCCUUCGAAGGAAGCCGUGGACAGGCUAGUGGAAGACUUGGAGAAGGGCGAGCGGGCCAGGUUGAAGGCCAGGGCAGCGAGGGGCAUACGCGACUCCGAGGAUAUGGGCGAUGUCACGUACAUCAACCAGAAGAACAAGCAGUUCAACGACAAGCUCUCGCGCUUCUACAACAAAUACACGAGCGAGAUACGGGACAGCUUCGAGCGAGGAACAGCGAUAUAA